UCCUUUCUUUCCCAGGACCGGCAGUUGUAGAGCAAUGUCUGUGUCAACGUCAGCACUUGAUCCAAUUUCCUUCGCUAAGGAUUUCAUUGCUGGUGGUGUAGCUGCUGCCGUCUCUAAAACAGCUGUAGCACCUAUUGAACGUGUGAAAUUAUUAUUGCAAGUUCAGCAUGCAUCCAAACAAAUUACAGUUGAUCAGCAGUAUAAAGGUAUGAUAGAUGCCUUUGUAAGAAUUCCUAAAGAACAAGGUUUUCUUAGUUAUUGGAGAGGAAAUUUGGCCAAUGUCAUUAGAUAUUUUCCAACACAAGCCUUAAAUUUUGCUUUUAAAGAUAAGUACAAACAAGUUUUUCUCGGAGGAGUUGAUAAGCGAACGCAAUUUUGGCGUUACUUCUUGGGUAAUCUUGCAUCUGGUGGUGCAGCUGGAGCAACUUCACUCUGCUUUGUGUAUCCUCUGGAUUUCGCCAGAACACGAUUAGCUGCUGACAUUGGUAAAGCUGCAUCUGAUCGAGAAUUCAAGGGACUAGGCAACUGUCUUGUCAAAAUUUUUAAAUCUGAUGGCUUAUAUGGUUUGUACAGAGGCUUCAAUGUAUCAGUACAAGGGAUUAUCAUCUAUAGAGCAGCCUAUUUUGGAUUUUUUGAUACUGCCAAGGGAAUGCUGCCUAACCCAAAAAGUACACCAUUCUUGAUCUCUUGGGCUAUUGCUCAAACUGUAACAACUGUUGCUGGUAUUAUCUCUUAUCCAUUCGAUACUGUGAGAAGGCGUAUGAUGAUGCAGAGUGGACGUGCUAAGUCUGAAUUGAUGUACAAGAAUACACUUCACUGCUGGGGCAAGAUUUACAAACAAGAAGGUGGAAAAGCCUUCUUUAAAGGUGCCUUUUCUAAUGUUAUUAGAGGAACAGGAGGAGCUUUAGUGCUUGUUUUGUAUGAUGAAAUUAAGACAUUCUUUUUUUAAAGUUGGUUCUUCAUAGAAGGGAAAUUAUAUUUAAUAUUUUCUUAUGUCUAACUUAUACAUCACUGUUCCAUUUACUGCAUUCCUGUGUUGGACCAAUUUUCAUGCAGAAUAAAAGUAUUUUCAUACCUUGAAA